AUGAAUGUCAUUUUGGAACGUUCUAGGUUGUCACUUGCCAUUGAAAUUGGAAAUUUUAGUGAAAUUGUGUCGUGUCGAUUUUUACAAAAUAUUGUCAAGUUUAGAGUGAGUAUUGAUAGAGAUGAAAGUGAUGGGAAUUUUCAGGUUUUUGAAAUGAUGAAGCAUUUGACUCAUUUGGAUAUUCGAAAUAAUGGUAUUGGAUAUGAAGGUGCACAGUCAAUUGGUAAAGUGAUGCAGUUGACUAGACUUUGCAUUGCUGGAAAUAAUAUUGGAGAAAAGGGAGCAAAAUCUAUAAGCCAAUUGACACAAUUGACCACUCUUGAUGUAUCAUUUAAUCAAUUAUGUGAUUAUGGAACUAAAUUUAUAAGUCAAUUGUCUCGAUUGACUGAUCUCAAUAUUCGUGGAAAUAGAAUUACUGACAAGGGAGCUAUUUUUCUGUCAGAUUUAAAAGAAUUGAGGUUUCUCAACAUUAGCUCUAAUACAAUUCUCCUUGAGGGAAUCAAAUCCCUCACUAAUUUAAAACAAUUAACUCAACUCGAUAUCAGUUACAAUAACAUUUUACCUUCAUAUGCCCAAACAAUUAGUGAAAUGGAUCAAUUGACCAAUCUUAACUUGAGUUAUAAUGAUUAUGGUUGGGGAAGCGAUAGCAAUGGUGUGAGAUAUAUAUGUGAAAUGAAAAAUUUGAAAACUCUGACUUUCGGAGGUAUCUGUAUCCGACAAUACAUUUUCAACUACAUCAAGGAAAUGAAACAAUUGGCUUGCCUUAAUAUAAGAAGUAGCUAUAUUGGCUCUUCUUCUGCCAAGUUGAUAUCAAGCAUGAAUCAAUUGACAGAACUAGAUAUUAGCUAUAAUGAAAUUGGUGAUGUUGGAGCGAAACAUAUUAGUGAAAUGGACCAAUUGACUUCUCUUAACGUUGAAGGUUGUAGAAUUAAUUCUGAAGGAACUGAAUAUCUUAAACAAAUGAAACAAUUAACAUAUCUCAACAUUUCUUAG